UGCGCACUACACUUUAUUCCGUUAGCUGUCAAAAUAGAACAUUUUCCUCCUUAACCAUGGGCCAGAGUCAGCGCAGCUACCAGUGCUAACAGCUUAAAUGUCUCCAGAGGUUAAGAAAACAACACACUGCGGCUUUUUGGACUUUUGAAACAUCAAAAAUGUCUAUACGGACCUGUUUUGGAGACUAGGAUUCUAUCUUCGUUACCAAACGCACUAACGUAACGUGCUAACAGCUGCCGUGAUUGUGGACCUAUCAAAGUUGGCACUGACCUUCAACAAGAGUAUUAUUUUUAGGUUUUGUACAGUUUAAUAAUGACAAUAGCAUGAUUGUCAGUAAUCAUUAACCAUGGCAGUUAUUCUGUCUUCUGGAGUAUCCUAGAACCGGAGUAAAACAGGAUUUAAAAAAGAGCCAAAGAGGCAACGCGGCUGUCCUGUUGCGAUGGGCAACCGCGGGAUGGAGGAUUUGAUCCCCCUGGUCAACCGCCUCCAAGAUGCCCUGAGCAGCGUGGGGCAGAGCUGUAGCCUUCACCUGCCACAGAUAGCUGUGGUGGGUGGCCAGAGCGCAGGAAAGAGCUCCGUCCUAGAAAACUUUGUGGGAAGAGACUUCCUUCCACGGGGCUCAGGAAUUGUCACUCGCAGACCUUUAAUCCUCCAGCUACUUAGUGCUAACACAGAGUAUGGGGAAUUUCUCCAUUGUAAAGGAAAAAAGUUUGCAGACUUUGAUGAGAUUCGCCAGGAGAUAGAGGCAGAGACGUGCAGACUGAUAGGAUCUAACAAGGGCAUCUCUGCUGUCCCCAUCAACCUGCGGAUUUAUUCACCGCAUGGUAACAUGCUGAACCUGACACUUGUAGACCUGCCCGGCAUCACCAAGGUUCCCGUGGGCGACCAGCCACCAGACAUAGAGUACCAGAUACGAGACAUGAUCAUGCAGUUCAUCUGCAGGGAAAACUGUCUCAUCCUGGCUGUCACGCCAGCCAAUACUGACCUGGCCAACUCUGAUGCACUAAAACUGGCCAAAGAUGUUGACCCACAGGGCCAACGCACAAUUGGUGUAAUCACUAAGCUGGACUUGAUGGAUAGAGGAACAGAUGCCCGAGAAAUACUAGAGAACAGGUUGCUUCCCCUACGCAGAGGUUACGUAGGGGUUGUGAACCGCAGCCAGAAAGACAUUGAUGGGAAAAAGGAUAUUAAGGUAGCUCUGCUCGCAGAGAAGAAGUUCUUCCUGUCCCAUCCGGCCUACAAACACAUGGAUGAAAGAAUGGGCACCCCAUAUUUACAAAGAAUACUCAACCAGCAACUGACAAACCACAUCCGGGACACUUUGCCAGCCUUUCAAAGCAGUUUACAGAGUGAGCUCCUGGCUUUGAACAAAGAGGCUGAAUUGUACAGACAGUAUAGUCCUGAUGACCCUGUACGUCGGACCAAGACACUACUACAAUUAGUUCAGCACUUGGCUGUUGACUUUGAGAAACUAAUUGAGGGCUUGGGUGACGAAGUCAACAUCGUUAAUCUGUCAGCAGGUGCUAGGAUCAACCAAAUUUUUCAUGAGCGCUUCCCCUAUGAGCUAUCCAAGAUUGAGUCUGAUGACAGGAGGAUACGCCGGGAAAUCAACUAUGCAAUCAGAAACAUCCAUGGUGUCAGGACUGGUCUGUUCACUCCUGACAUGGCCUUUGAAGCCAUAGUGAAGAAACAGAUAUCCAAACUAAAGGGGCCGUGUGUUAAAUUUAUUGACAUGGUCUGUCAAGAACUAAAGACUACUGUGCACCAGUGUAUUAACAAGCUCAGUUCCUUUCCCAAACUGCGAGAUGAGACAGAGAGAAUUGUAACCACUGAAAUCCAAGAACAAGAGAGCAAAUGCAGAGAUCAGGUCUUGUUGCUCAUUGACAUACAGCUUGCCUACAUAAAUACCAAACAUGAAGAUUUCAUUGGCUUCACUAACACCCAACAAGCACACAACCAAAGCCAUAAGAAGGUUGUUGCAGGGAUGGCAGGAAACCAGGUCAUACGCAAGGGCUGGCUGACCAUCAGCAAUAUCAGCAUCAUGAAAGGUGGAUCCAAGGAGUACUGGUUCACCCUCACGGCUGAGAGUCUGUCCUGGUUCAAAGAUGAUGAGGAGAAAGAGAAGAAGUAUAUGCUUCCUCUGGACAACUUAAAGCUCAGAGAUGUGGAGAAGGGCUUCAUGUCCAGCAAAUUUGCCUUUGCUAUCUUCAACACUGAGUUAAGACCACAGCAUACCAACAGCAGGCUCAUUAAGGAGCUAAUCAAAGCCAGAGAGCUUGGAUCAGAGAUGAGGCUGCUCUUGUUUGGAAAGAAUUGCUCGACUCACCACAGAAAGGAGGGAGAGAGAAGAAUUGGAAGGGCUGAGAGGAGAAAGAAAGCGGGAGAGCGAGAAUCAGAGCCAUCAGCCAGGAAUGUGUCAAAAGUCUGUCCUAUGGCGCCCCCCUUUUUCCUGCUCCCUCACUCUCUCUGUUUCUCUUUCUGUAUCUGCAUGUGUGUGUCUAUGUGUGUGUGGUAGACAUUGCAGUGGUUUUGUCCCUGUCUGACAGUAAUCAAAAACCUCAGGAAACUCUUCAAAUCUAAAGCAGGCAGUGUUCCACAGACAUUUUUCAAGAUGAGUGCAAAAACUCACAUUGACCAUGAGCUGAGGAGAGGACAGCAAAGGAGAUGAGAGAAAAAAACAAUUGAUACGAGUGAUAAAUCAGCACACAGAACAAUUUUAAUGUGUUCUUGCUGGUGUAUAUGAAUGCUAUUGUCCUGAUCUUAGUGUAAUAGCAUUCUAGUAUUGUCAUUGUUGGCUUGGCUCCCUGUUUGUUAGCCACCACACCCUGACUUAUUAGCCUCACCCAUCCUAGCCCAGCCAUAAGCUCACACACUGACUGUCUAUUUCUUGGAGUUUCUGUACAGUUCUGGCCGUUUUCUUACUCUUUUUUUUUUUUUGUCUCUGGUUCUCACACACACAAAGGUUUGACAUAUUUGAGGUUAAUUGCUAUGUGAGAAGGAAGCAACGAAAGGGGGAAAGAAACAACUGAAGUGAUUAAAGAAAAAUGUUUAACAGAUGGGCCACAAGCUGGUCCAGACCCUUUUUUUGUUUCUUAUUUUGCUGUGCUGCCCCACAGCAAAAGUACAGAGAUAAUAUGAUGGUGUGAAGAGGAAAGUGAGGAGAAACAGAGUGGGAAAGGAGCUUGGGAACAACUAGAUGAUGGAGAUAAUGGAAUAAGUUGCACUGAGGGAGGCCAUGUCAACCACAGCAGCUGUGGAGAAAACAUGAAACUGUUUUAUUUUGUAUGUGCGCAUGUUUGUCUGUAGUUAUGUGUAUGUGCAAGUGCGUGUGGCUUUGUCCUUAACACUGUUCAGUGAAGCAUUCUCUCUUUACAUUCCUUUGGACUGUAUACAAUAUUUUAUGUAUGUAACAUAAUACAUUUUGGGGAGACUGGCCCAAAUCUGUUAAACCCUUUGUUCCAUUAAGGACCUGUUCCCAACAUGAGGCUGGCCCGUAUGGGUUAGUGCAAAACCUGUGUCAGCCCUGUAUCAUUUCAUUUACAGUGCACAAGAUGUGGGAGUAGGGCACAGGUUAGCCAGUGCACCACAUAAAUAUGUCUACAUACAGUACAGUACAUUCCACUAGGCUAAAUGUUUGUAAAGUUAGGGAGACUGUAUUAGCCUAAACCACACACAAUUAAUCAACAUGAAAAGGAAACAUGUUUGUUUUUCAUGAAGACAUUGUUUAUUGCUCUAUAAUUCCAACCAAAUAAGCAGCAUGGAAGCUCUGACAAUU